AUGCAGUGGUUUCCGGGAAGUGUGGAGACGGCGAUCCAGAUUUCGCAAAAAAACGAAGCAUUGCUCAUCGUGUACAUCACGAACGACUUGCCCGACGGAAAACUGCUCGACUCGUUCUGGGAACGCGUCGAGGCCAACUCUUUGGGCGUGCCGACCGUCGGAAUACGGCUCCUCGAGAGCGACACGGCCGCGAAGCAGUUUAGAGAGUGCUGUGAGUUUUGGGGCGCUUUUUGUUAAGGGUUUUAGCAUUUAUUUAGCAAGAUGCAUCGAUUUUGCUUGUUUGUUUCCGUAUUUUUACGGAAAGCGAACAGAGUAGAGUGCUGGAAUUUAGUGCGUGCUACCAUGGGUGCAGUUCACUGCAAUCGCACUCUGCAAUUACAUGGGGGGACAGUUUGAACGAAAAAUGCAUUAUUUACGCUAUUUCAGACCCGACUCCGAUCAUCCCGGCCGUCUACAUGAUCGAUCAGCACGGAAAACCGGUGGCCGUGGUCACGACGCUCGUCGGGCGAAAUUUCGACAGCUUCUUUGACAAUCUCUACAAAGGCGCCUCGUUCUUCGCGAGUCGCUCGCCCAAGUGCGGCGGAACAGAGGCGCCGCGGUCGAUUCCGUUCCCGCCGCCCGGAUCGGAUCCCUCCGAAUUUGAGAAUGCGAUCCGAGAGGCGGCGGAGGCCCGCGUGGCCGAGCAAGCCGCCGAAAAAGCACUCAAAGUGGAGCGGGCGAAGAAGUUUAUGGAGAUGAGAAAGGCGCGCGAUGAGGAGAACAAACGGAUAUUCCAGCAGAAAGUUCAGCAAUUGAAAGUGGAACAUGAGUUGCGCAAAAAGGAUGAGCGAAUAAAAAUGUCAGCGAAAGUCACGGUCAACGAGGAGAAGGAUCGCAUUCUCGCGAAGAUCAAAGCCGACAGGUACGAUUUUCGCACGUUUUUGGGUGAAAUUGAACAUUCAGGGAGAAUCGUGAAAAACGCUGCAACAACGCGACAACUGCAGCUGCUGGCGGUAACUUUGAGAAGAAAGAGCAAAAAGAGAACAAGGAGGAGAAAGAGCAAAAGCCGACGGAAACGAAGACCGUCCAGUCGGACAGGUAAGAAACAGCGAUACUUGAAGCGGCCCGGAACGGGUUGAAUUGAAUAUUCAUUUUUCCGGUUCCAACUAUCCUAGAUGCGCUUUUUGUACUAUCAGGACAAGUGAAUGCGCUCUGUUGAAAUUGUGAUCUCUUUGAAACUCGUUUCGCGGCUGCAAAAGUAGGCCCUCCGCGCAAAAACAGAGCACAUUCACUUUUAAAUGCCCCGAUAGUAGUAAACCGGCCGGGCUCUUGUCUUACACCUUUCCAAAAUUUCAGAUGUCGUCUGCAAGUGCGUCUUCCGGACGGCACCACGUUCAUCGAGGAAUUCCCGUCGAACGACGUGCUCAACUCGCUCGUCGCCAUCAUUCAGCAAAAGAUCUCUGGGAGCUUUGAGAUCACUCAAACGUAUCCGAGACGCGUGUUCACUGUCGACGACUACAACAAGACGUACCUCGAGAAUCAGCUGACACCAUCCACCGCUCUGAUCGUCAUUGCUGUAAGAUAGGCUUCUAGGACUUGGGUUGAAGUAUCUCGAGUCCAAAUUUCAGACCGAUCCGAUUACUUAUCUAGUCCCGAUUAGGAGGAGUUUUCGGGCUUUUCGGGCGCGGGACUAGAUAAUCGGAUCGGUAUAAAACUUGAGCUCAAAAUACUUCAAUCCAAGUCCAAGUUGCCCAAAAAAAAACCGCCGAAAUUCCAGAAGCCCUCGAAGAUCUCCUCGGCGAUCAUCGCUCCCAGCGCCUCGAUUUUCUCGCUCAUCCUCUCGCCCGUCUGUAUGUUGUGGAGCUGGUUCGUCGGAAUGUUCAAAGGACGUAAAGAUCCGAAAAAUGAGAAGAAGAAGAACGAGGGUCCGGGAGCGUCUGGAGCACAGCCGAGACCACGUGGAAUGCCGAGAAGCGCAGAAGUGCGUCGACGCGGCAACGUGGCCGGCCUCGUGAAUCCGAACGACGACGAUCCGGAAGAGCAGGCCAGCUUCAACGGAAAUUCGACGCAAUUUAUGUGA